ACGGGGCGGGGCCGGGACCGGGGCUAGAAGGAAGGAGGGUCUCUGUUCCCGUCCCGCUUGCCCCCACAAUUCCGACGGGAGAUGCUCUAGGCUGCCACCGGCCCCGGCGCUGGCUCCAGCUGCGGUCCUGACCCUGCUCCCACGAAGGGGACCGAGCGCCCACUGAAGGUGAGAGGUGUGGGUUCUUUGAAUCCUGUUCAGCGUUCUGUUGUGGGAACUGCAUCUUCAAAUACUGUUGCUCAGAUGAGCUAAAGAAGAUUGAUGACGACAUUCUGUGCUCUGGUGACAAAUCAAUAAAGUGGGAAGAAAAAGACAAGAAAAUGACGUUUGACUUUGACCAUAGCCCCCCACCAGGUUUCGGGACAUUCGUGGGCAUUGGAGCAACCAUCUUUGUGCUCAUUGUGGUCACCAUCAUCCUCUGUUUAACGUGUUCCUGCUGCUGUUUGUACAAGAUGUGCCGAAGGCCCAGACCUGUGGUGACAACCACUUCGACUACUGUGGUCCACUCUGCAUACCCACAGCAGCAAGGUGUGCCACCUGGUUACCCUGGGGCCAUGUAUCAAGGCUACCAACCUAUGCCUGUCCAGCCUGGGAUGCCAGUUGCGCCUUAUCCAACCCAGUACCCGCCACCCUACCCUGCCCAGCCUACUGGACCUCCUGCCUACCAUGAGACUCCGUCUGCAGGUGCUGGAGCACCGUACCCUAUCAGCCAACCUCCAUACAACCCUGCAUACAUGGAGCCUCCAAAGACUGCCUAUUGAGUUGCUUCUGUGCUCUGCCCCUGAAGACCCCCCUCUCUCUUUUCCUCCUCUUCCUGUCAGUGUGUGUUUGAGCGUGUGGGAAUGAGUGUCUGUGUCAUCUUCUCUUCUCCCAAGUAAAUGCAAGCUGUAUGUUGUACUUGUAACAUUCUGUUUCCCCACAAUAUAUGGGCUGGGAUGAGAGACAGUGAAAUGACAUUUCCUAAAACUUUCCUCAGAUCAUUCUGGAAAAUGAGUUGGUGUGAUUUUUGCCAAGUCACAGGAAAAAAGGAAGAGGCUUGUGAAACCAGCAUUAGUUAGGGCAGUGUUUGAAGGGUAGUUAAAGGAAUAGAUGAAAAUACCCAUGUCAGCACAUGGCUUUUCACCAUGCCAUGAGUUGCCAACCUUGACCUGAAGACCAGAAGAGGCCCUCCAUCCUGGUGCUGGUUCCUGAAGGCCUCACAGAACCCACGUCCUCCACAGUGCCCUGCUGAUCAGAGAGAGGACAGCAGCAACAUCAGGUGGUCAGUGGCUUUGGCUCUCUGACCAUGUCAGCUUUAGGGUACUUCUUUAAAAUUCUUAUCAGCUCUGUACUGGCCAAGAGACAUUGUCAGAUGCCACAGCAUAAUUCACUCUCUGCUUCUAGGGCCCUCAGCUCCUUCCCGUCUCGGGGUCCCUGCCAGGGCCCCAGCUCUCCCUCUCCAUCCAGUCUCCAUGUGGAAAGAGGAUUAGGUGGGGACUUCACCCUCCUGGCUGCUGAGAGGAACUUGGAGCCAGCCAGAAGGGUGCAUCUGUGUGUUCUGGGAUUUGGGAAGGAUCCUCUUGGAUCUGAGGUCUGAAUUGUUUGUUGUAGUCAUUAAACAGAUCUGGCCAGCACUUGGCUGAAGAAGGUAGAUAGAAAUCUUGUCCCUUCCUCUGUCAGAGAAGGGAGAUAAGAUGGGUGCUAGGCUUGUCUCAGUUCUGUUUGCUGAGCUGCUCUCUCCCAUUCAUUCCCUUGUCAGGAAGGACAUCCAGACUCAGGUUUGUCAACCCUUGUUCUCUCUUAAUUUUUUUUUAAACUUAUCCCAGGGUUGGUAGCUAUUGGGACCUGUUUGUCUCCUGGGGCAAGAGAUUUUGAUGACAUUUAAGCUGCAAGUAGCAUAUGCUCAGGCUUGCCCAUGGUGGGUGGGGUGCAGGAUGGAUAGGGAAGAAAAGGAGAGGGGACUAUGCCCCAGAGGAGAGGGGGCCAACCAAAUUCCCUCUUUGUUCUUCUGUAAUUGGAGGGAAAUGGAUUGAGAUAAGGGUCCCUCCCAGCUUCAGAAUCCUAUAACCUAGCUUGGGUCUCCUCUUCAGUUAAUCCUGUCCUUCGUCUCCCAAAACCCAAAAGGAAGGGGGUUAGGUGGAAUGGCACUGAAGGCUGAUUGUGGGUUGGCUGGGUCCUGUCUAGAAGGGGGAUGGGCAUUUGGUUUCAGAGCACAGACUUUUCUGGUUUCAUCCUUGGGUCACUCUCACUCUCUCAUUUGUAACCAGUUGCCUCUGUGUGUUCUGUGAAGGGGCCUGUUCCUGUUUGGGCCAAGCUCUUAUUUGUAAUAAACCUAUGGAUUUGAAAAUGA